CCCGCCCCGCCUGACGUUCUGCUUGCAACCAUGUCGGCGGCCGCGCACCGACGUCAGGCUGCUGGGGUGAAAGGAGAAGCCCUCGCAGCCGCCGCGCCAGCAGCGCCAGCAGCCCCCGCUCGCGGAGAUGAGGAGCCGGGCAUGGCGGCGGCCCCGAGCCUCACCGUCUGCCUCAAGCUGCUGGCCGCUGCCUUCUACGGCUUCAGCUCCUUCCUCAUCGUGGUGGUUAACAAGAGCGUCCUCACCGGCUACGGAUUUCCGUCCUCGCUCUGUGUGGGACUAGGUCAGAUGUUGGCUACAGUGGUUGUCCUCUGGGUGGGAAAGGCACUCAGGGUGGUGAAGUUUCCAGACUUUGACAGAAAUAUACCUCGAAAGACAUUUCCACUACCUCUUCUCUAUUUUGGGAACCAAAUCACAGGACUGUUCAGCACAAAGAAACUAAACCUGCCAAUGUUUACAGUCCUGAGAAGGUUUUCUAUUCUGUUUACAAUGUUUGCUGAAGGAAUUUUACUCAAGAAGAAAUUUUCUUGGGGAAUUCAGAUGACAGUAUUUGCAAUGAUAAUUGGUGCAUUUGUAGCUGCAAGUUCUGACCUGGCAUUUGAUCUAGAAGGUUAUAUUUUUAUAUUGAUUAAUGAUGUCUUGACAGCUGCAAAUGGGGCAUAUGUAAAACAGAAACUAGAUUCAAAGGAGUUAGGAAAAUAUGGCCUUCUUUAUUACAAUGCACUAUUCAUGAUUCUUCCCACUUUGGCCAUAGCCUAUUUCACAGGAGAUGUGCAAAAGGCAAUGGAAUACAAAGGCUGGGCAGACACUCUCUUUCUUAUACAGUUUACACUCUCAUGCAUAAUGGGGUUUAUUCUGAUGUAUUCAACGGUACUUUGCACACAGUAUAAUUCUGCUCUUACAACGACAAUAGUUGGCUGUAUUAAGAAUAUCUUAAUAACCUACAUUGGAAUGUUCUUUGGAGGUGAUUAUAUUUUCACAUGGAUGAACUUUAUAGGUUUAAAUAUCAGUAUUGCUGGAAGCCUGGUAUAUUCUUACAUCACUUUUACGGAAGAGCAAAUGAACAAGCAAUCUGAAGCUAGCAUCAAGAUGGACAUUAAAGGGAAGAGCUCUGUAUGACAAAGGGGUUACUUAAAAGUAACUGUUGCUCUUCAGCAGUGAUUGCUGACAAAUCAUUAGACUAUAUAGUGUCUGUGAAUGGAAUACUAUGGGUACUUUGCAUUUGCACAAUCUGAAGAUUGCUGCCUUAAAAUAAUUAGGUAUUUAUUAAUUGAUGCAUAUGAAAUACACAGGUUUCUGGGUAACUUUAAACCUGUAAGAAACAGCAUUUUUCUAAAAACAAAAGUUUAUCACAUCAGAGCACACACCAGUUGCUAAAACCAGCGUUUAGUGAUACAGUAUUAAUAAUCUUGAGUGUACAGAGGACACUGCAAGAUAAAAACUGCACAUGGAGAGAAUUUGUCCUAAAUAUUUCAGAACCAACUGGGGCUCUGAGCAGGUUUUCUUCUUCAUCUUCCCAAAAGAUGGAGCCUUACUGCAUUUCCUUGCAAAUAAUUUGUUAACUUGAGUAAAAUGCAAUUUAUGAUAAGGUUAACCUUUGGCUACUGCAAUAAAAGGUUAACAUGGGGCUUACCUGUUUCCAUCUGAAAUCAGUGGUUCCUUUGCACAGGAUUAAAAAUUCAAGUACUGCUCUCUUCAGCAGUUAUUUAAGUAUACUUUCAAGAUUUCAGAGAGGCUGCCCUGUGGAAGUUCCAGACAGGGAGCAUUAUAAGUGUCGACCCAUUGUUCAGAAUAGGGGUCUGAGUAGUAUUCUCAUGGAGGAAUGAGAAAUGUGAACGGUAGUUUUAAAGUUAUCAAAUUUAUUCCCUGCUACUAAGCUUUCCCUUGAUUAGUCUUGCACAUUUUCCCUGUGUCAGAAAGAUGUGUAGCCCCAGAGUUUCCUCUUUCUGCUUAAACAGAUAAACUAGCUGCCUUCCUAGGAAAACAGUGUUUAGUACAGGAACCUUUCUUGAAAUUUAAUUUUUGAAAAAGCCCAUCAUUGAAAUGCACUCAGGCAUUUUUUUACUUGUAGACUUUGAUUUUUAAACUCUAAAGAAAAAAUCCUCCUGCCAAACUACUGGGACAAUAGCUCCCUGGCCAGUGUUAUUUUUUUUUUUCAGAUACCCUGCCCCUCAUAGCCAUGUUCUUACGAACAUAGAUGGCUGUAGCAAGUGUUACAUGAAACACUCCUCUCUACUGUGUCAUUCCUCUGAGAAAAGAAGAGAGAGCCUAGUUGCUCCUUGUAGUUGAGAAGUUCUGAGAAGACAAGGUGAAGGCUCCUCUCUCCCUCACCCAAAUGCCUGAGCCAGUCUAUCUGCAGUUGAGUAUCUCUUGAUAAUGUUGACCUGUAAGACAGAUAAGCUUUCACUCAGUGGAAAAAGCAGUGUGCCUUCUCAUUAAAAAGCAGGUCCCCUCAUUGAUAAAUUUCACAUGUGAGCUUGUGUAGUUGACUAGUGGCAGCAUUCUAGCUAGGAAGGCCUGUACUGCUUGGGAAUGGUUUUCAGUUCCAGCACAUUUCCUUUGAGGUAGGGGCAGUAAGCUACCUCAAGAUGGUGAGUCAGUCUAACUUUGCAAUGUGCCUCCCAGCUGUGGAGACUACAUUCAAAACAGUUGGUGGUCUUGGCAUAUGUGGUUAUCUGAAUUCUACAAAGCAUUUGAAAAAUAAUCCCCAUUAAACAUUUUUGUUCAGUGAUCUGAAGAGGCAUGGAGCAAAUGGUGACAUUUGGGAGAAAUAUUGUUCUAAAACAAUAAGAAGAACCAUUGUACAGUCACUGUCUAGAAUAUGGCUGAGGAAUCUAAUUGGCCAUCAUUACUAUUAUGGAAAAAGAAGAAUGGCUCUAUUUGCAUGAUCAAACUGACAGGAUGUAGAUCCUGGACUCUGUGGACAUGGGGUGGGAUAAGGCAUCAUGGUUACCAUAAGGAUUUUCUUGGGGCAAAGAACAGCCUGGAAUUGGAACUCUUCUCUGGCUGUAAACAAGCAGAAGCAGCAACAAUGAUCUGGAAAAUGCAAGGAACUAACUCCUUCACAGAUUACUUCCUUCACCAAGAGAAAUAUGAGAGCCACAUUGAGCUGCAUUUUGGAUUUCAUGCCAUGUGUAUGGUUUAGUUACAUGCUAAAAUUUUGGUCAUGCCUUUCAAGAAAAUUGUGGAUGACUGAGGAAAGAACCCUAGCUGCAUUGUAAUAUUUGUGUUCAGAAGUUGGUGGUCUUGGCAGUGCUUGCAACUUUGGAGAGCUUCCUUCAGUCCUUAACAGAGCAUCUUAGGUAGCAGUGCAAGAAAGCUACCUAAGAGCAUAAACAGCUGCUUUUCAUUUGCUGUAUGAAGAAAUGGGCCAGUGCACUAAUUCUUCUCAAUAUAAACUAAAAGUUUUAUGACACAAGAGCAUAUAGCAGAAAACUUGCCCCCGCAAUUCUAUGAAUCUUGGCAUUAGCCCAUGGAGUAUUCAGUACAUAGUACUGUGUACACUGAAUCUUCCCAAUGCACUGUAAACUUACUAACAGUUUUUACCAUAGUGGUUUUCAGACAGUGUUCUUGAAUCUAUCUGUAGUAAAGUUUGUAUUAUGAAAUCUGGACUUACCCAGUUGGAAAAUCUAAUCUAGUGGGUGCAUUAAUGUCUUUAUUUUCUUCUCAAACACUAUUUCUGUAAUGUGACUCACUACUUCAAGCAAAUUAAGUCUUUGCACCAGCUAAUCAGAGAUUAAAAUAGUUAUCUUAAAUUCUAUUAUAGUAUUUUAAAAGGGUCUAUCUCUGGAAAUACUUGUCAUCUAUGCAAGAUGACAAAUAUACAUCUCCAGAUAUAGGGUUAUCCUAAAGGGGAAAAAAUCAGAAACUUUCUGCUUUAAAAUGUACAGAUUAAACUACUCUAAUUAGACUCUAGUAUCUCUGCUCUCUGAGAGGCUGACUUGGCAUUCUGCUCCUGGCAUAAGUCAAAUCAUAAUAAGUUGUACUAAAAUUAAGAUCUGGGUGCAAGGCUGCAGUCCUAAACAGAGGGCAUACAAAAUUUGCAUUGAAAUUAAUGGGCAGAAGGCAGCAUAUAAAUUCUGUAAAUCAUGAGGAUUGUGUUCACCUAAAUUUAGGGCUACACUGUCACAUGACUAACUACAGGUGCAAGCACCUCUCACAAACCAGUUGGUGGAAAUGCAUUAGCUAUCCCAUUUCAUUACUGCCCUUAAUUUCAGCAGGAGUUUAUAUAACUUUCUUUUGGGUUUAUGUAGUUCAGUGUUUGUGGCUUGUUUCUUGUCUAUAACCAAUGUAAGUGUUACUUAGGGCACAGAGUGGUAAAACUGCAGUCCUAAGCUCUGCUCAUGACCUGAGUUUGAUCCUGGUGGAAGCUGGGUUCAGGUAGCUGGCUCACGGUUGACUCAGCCUUCCAUCCUUCUGAGGUCGGUAAAAUGAGUACUCAGCUUGCUGGGGGGAAAGUGUAGAUGACUGGGGAAGGCAAUGGCAAACCACCUGAUAAAAAAGUCUGCCAUGUAAACAUCAUGAUGCGACGUCAGCCCAGAGUCGGAAACGACUGGUGCUUGCACAGGGGACUACCUUUACCUUUCCCUGCCACUAUUACUGCACCUAUUCCAUUCACUUGAAACCUGAUUGAGGAAGCUGCAGGAAUACUGACAAAGAAUCUGAUGUUCCUAUAUAAAAUAUGUUUCCUUCUGUUUUAAAAAUUGCUUUUCCUUUCUGUUCUUCCACUAAUGGUGGGUAUGAACUACAUUUUAGUAAUACACGGACAGUGCCUGCUAAAAGCAUGACAUAAGCUGCCAGGUGAGAUUAUGUGCUAUGUAUAUUUCAGUUGCUAGUGUACCUCUCAUAACUUGUACUGCUAAACUCCUGCCAAAACCAUAGAUUCACAAGAAUUGUUUAUGCAAAUGACAUCUCUGUUGAUAUGUUUGCAUGGUCUGUUCACCGAUGUGGGGAUCUUCCUAAACUGAAGUGCUGAUACCUUAACUUCAAACUGUUUCGGUAAAUCUGCUGUACUGAGGCAGUUGCUCUCAGGGUAUCUUUUUAGAAUGUUUGUUUUUUUUAAAAAAUGCUGGAUGUACUGUCAUGUAAAAUAGUUCUGCAUUCUAUACACACACACACACACACACACACAUACAUAUAUAUGUAUACACACACCCCUCUUUAGUGCCAAGUUCCAGAAGGCAUUGCAUACACUGGGAAGGUGAACAAAUUCCUAUUUUAUUUUCUGUGCUAUGAAUUGCCCUCUACAUAUUUUCCUAUAUAGAAUUUAUUUACAAAAACAAGCAUUCUAGUAGUAAAGGUCAGCUUUUUUUUUCUCAAAAAAGUAUGUUCUGUAGGCUUUAUAUAUAAAUUGUAAGUCAGAUGACACCAAAAGGAAUUUUAUGUGCAUAUGUAUUUUUGUACUUGCUUUAAUAAAUUUACAAAGAA